AUGGCGACAGGAUUUUUGAGCGUAUGUGACCAAAUUUUAAUAGCAUCAUCUUCUUAUAUACCUUAUGAUGCAUCGAAAAAACCGCUCAGUACCUUGCUCAAUGAAAUGACAUCUUAUGUGAGUACAGGUGGAAAAACAGAAAAUGGAGAUGAAUCAAUUAUUUAUGGGCUUCAAAUACUUCUCUUGAGUGAUGUAGAACGUGUUCGAGCUGCAUCACUUCGUGCUCUUCGAUAUUCAAUUCAUCGUGCGACUAUUUUUGAUAAAUUUCUUGAAUGUCGUCUUGAUUACCUUGUUUGUCGAUCUCUUACAAUUGAUUUACGAAAUGCUCGCGAACGUUUAGAAGCAUUUAAAUUAAUUCGUCGUUUAUUUCUUUUAUAUCCUUUACGUUUACCUCAUUCAUUUGUCUAUAUUCUUGAUGCUAUUAUUGCAUCAAGUUAUCCAACAUCAGUACCUCGAAGUACAAAUUCAACACCUAUAAUACGAACUGAUCAAAUGGUUAAAUGUUGUUUAGAAUUAUUAUGUGAAAUAGCACUUCAAAAUCCACAUAUAUUACAUGAAUGUCAUGCAAUAAAUACCAUGUUAAAAUUUAUUGUUAAUCUUGAACAAGAUGAACUUCGUGACAGCGUACUUUAUGCAUUAUUACAUGCUGUUGAUCGUUUUACAAUCAAUGAUAAUAGUGAACCAACAAUACUUGAUUCAGUUGAUUCCAAUGGUCCAGCUUUAGUUCUUGUUGAUGAAGGAAUGCGUGAACGGCAUGAAUUAAUUGGAAAUAUGUUUAGUCAAUUAGUGGCAAUUUUUUCAUUAUGUGAAAAAGGCACAUUGAAAACCAGUGAUCGUCGUGGAAGGACACCAGCAGCAUUUGAUAGUUUAGUCCUUAAAGAACCCGAUAAAUUAAAAACACUUAAAUCAUGUGCAUCAGCUAUGGGAACAAUUUUACAUAGUUGGAUCGGUUUUACGGCAUUUUGUCAAACAAGAAAUUCAUCUAUACGUUUACUUGUUAAUUGUUUACUUGUACAAUCUGAACCGAUGAAAAUGUUAAUUCUUGAUCUAUUUUAUGAUUUACUGAAUCUUGAUGUUCCAGCUGUCUGUGAUAGCUAUGAAGCAGCACUUAAAUCUAUGUAUCCAAUAUGGAAUUUAACACCAGUUGAAGAAGGAUACACAUAUGUAGCUUGGGAAGGAGCUGAUAAACUGCCUCGUUUAUCAUCUACAAGACCGAACUUGCUUGAUAGUCAUAUGGCAUUAAUGCUUCUUAGUCUUAUUGACUCCGGCUUAAUCGAGGCGGUUAGUGAAUUAGCAUCGAAUGAUAACUCGAUAUUAUCUAUUCGUGCAACACUACUCUUGGCAAAUUUCAUUUGGCUGUGUAAUGAACACUUACCUGAAGAGCAAAGUUUUCUUUUAUUACCUCUAUUAAUGGAUGUUGCUAUAGCUGAUGAUGAUAGUAUCAAACGAAGUUUUGCAAAAGAAGCUAUGCUUAAUAUAAAUGCAUUCUUUGAAUUUAAACAACGUACACGUCAUAUACAUUCAUUUCAAUUAGCACAAUUAAUAUAUCAUUCUCAACAUUUACAUGAUUAUUUUACAUUACCAACAAAUGUUGGUAUAGAAACAAAUCGUCGAAUAUCAACAUCGUCGUCCAAUGAUCCUACAUCGCUCUUGAAAUGGUCAUUCUCAACGCCAUUUCGAACGUUAAAUUUAGUAGCAGGAAAAAUCGACACUAGUAUUAGUGAUACAAAUACAUUACAAACGGAUAAUUAUAAAAAAUGGAAUUGGGAUCUUAUAUUAGCUUUAUUAAAAGAUUUUCCAAAACAAGCAAAUCAAGUUCAAGGCGAGCUCUAUGAAAUGUUUCUUGAUAAGUUAUGUGAUUUUUUCAAACCGGAACAAGGCGGUGGUUUUAAUGAUAUUCUUUUAACUGAUUCACUAUCUAAUGUAACUUGUCGAACUUUAUUAGCAUUUUCUGAUCUUCUUGUUUAUCCAUCUCGAACAUCAUCAAAUCAUAUUAAAGUUAUUGCAAGUAAUAAUGCUCGAAUACUUUUAACAAGUGUUAGUACUUCAUUACAACAAUCCAUUAUUGCAAUGAGAGAAUGUAAUGGACGAGCUUUAAUAACAGAACAUGAUUUAUUAUCAAAAAAUAGUGUUUAUUAUUUUUUAUUUCUUGGACGUUUAAGUAAAUCAUCCGUUGGUACACAAGCAUUAAUUGACAGUGAUAUAUUUGUUCGUCUUUCGGAAAUGUUGAAAAUGGAUGAUGAAUUUGCUACAUCAGCUAUUGUUGCAUUAUCUUCAUUUAAUUAUUAUUAUGAAAGUCCAUGUCGAACUUAUUUAAUGCAAGCACUCAAAUCCCCUUGCACGGCACUCCGUUUGUACAGUACAAGUCUUCUUCGUGUAAUUCUUCGUUCAAAUCCAGUUGCAUUCGGUAGUUGGGGUUUAAAUCUUCUUAUUUCACAAUUACAUGAUACUGAUCAAUCUGUUAUGAUUGAAACAGCUUCAAUUCUUGAUGAAGCUCUUGAAGAUAGAAGAUUAGUAAAUCUAUUUUAUAAACAAUGGGAAAAUUUUUCUUCAAUAAAAAAUAAAAGUAGUUUUUUAUCAAAAUUUUAUCAUUUGGCUUCUGCACGUGUUAGUUCAAUACCAUUUGAUCAAAUUCAACAUGAUGAUAAACAUUUAUCAAUGUUACAUGAAGAACUUGAAUAUUGGGAUUCAACAUUUAAUGCUGAAUAUAUUAGUCUAAUGGAAACAAAACUAUUUUCAGCUUAUUCAGGUGGUGCUUUAUUAACUGAUGAUUAUUUUGAAAGACGUAAAACAACAUCAUCAACACAUAAACCUAAAACAAAAAAACCAACUGCUCAGGUUUCAUCACAUAUAUAUAGACAAUUAUGUCUUCAUUAUGAUGGAUUUAUUCUAUUACGUUCAGAAUCUCGUUUAGAAAAAUAUGUAACAGAAUUACGACAACAUCGUACUAAUUGUAUUAGUAUAAGUGAAACACGUGUUAUUAAAGAAGCACUUUGGGCAUUAGCACAUAUGGCUAGUACAGAAUAUGGUUAUAGUUGGUUUAUGGAAAAAGAUUUAUUACCAGAUUUUUUAAGAUUUGCUGAAGAAUGUCAAAAUUUAUCUGUUCGAGGUACGGCAUUCUAUGCACUUAGUUUAAUAGCUCAAACACCAGAUGGUUCCAUUAGUUUAAAAGACUACGGUUGGGAAACAUAUCGUGUUCGAUCUCAUUCAAUUUCAGCAUCAGUAGCAAAUACUGAUACAUAUCAAAGUGCUGAAAGACGUAUUUCAAAAGGUGGUACAACAUCAUCACCACGUAAGAGUCUCUCAUUACAAGUAUCUUCACCAGGAUCAUCAACAACUAAUAAUUUAUCAGAAAAUAAAAUAAAAUUUGUUACACAUGAACCAAUGACAGUCGAUGGUGCUUCAUCAACUUCUUCUAAUCUUGGCCAUGAUUCAAAUUCAUCUGAUGUUAAAUCUAGACGAUCAUUAACUAUGCCUUCAACAAUUUUAUUAAAUUCUAAUGAAAAAACAGAUGUUCUACAUGUUGUUAUACCGGAAGAAAGUACUCCAACAACACCAACAAAUAGUAUGACAAUGGUAUCAUUUCCUGAUUGUCCUGAAUCUAGUGGUUUUAGUGUACCUAUACGUCGUUGUUCAAGUAUAUCAAAAGAAUUUAUAGGUCCAACAACAUGUCGUGAUUCUGGUAUAGCUAGUGGAGCAACGGGAUCAUUUUCAGAUGUUGAAUAUUCUCGUUCACCAUCUUAUCAAGCAUAUCCAUCACAUAGUCAAUCUCAAACAGCAGCUGAACAAUCAGCAGAUAGUUUACCAUUAGAACGUUUUCGUCCAAGAUCAAAAUCAGCACAUCAAUCAAAUGCAUUACGACAAUCUAAACAAUUACAAAAAGUUCCUGAAGUUAUUCAAGCAUUACGUGCACCAACAGCUGGUCUUGGUCGUGCAUCUGAACCAUCAGCAACUGAUGAAUUAUAUCGAUCACGUUUAUUGCGUUGUAAUUUUCUUUUAAAACCAGAUGCAACUGGUUAUGAAUAUGGAAGACGUGUACAAAAAAUAAGUCAUGCAACAUAUUCUCAUUUAGCUAAUACAAGUCAUAGUGAUUCUUAUACAGAUGAGAUAUUAUUAAAAGAAAAAAAGAAUGAACUUUUCUUACCAUUUCAUACUUUUACAUCAAAAUUUUAUAAAAAAAUGUAUGAAGCACAUGAUUUCGGUGAUAAACAAAUUGAUAGAUUUUUAACAGAUGAUGGAAAAUAUUCUCCAGAUCAACGUGAUAUAGAUGAUGCUGAUGAAGAUGAAAAUACUAUUUAUCGUGGUUUAGCUGUACCUGUUGAUAUUCGCCAAGUUGUAGAAAUAUCUGAUGGUUAUAAUUUAAAUUAUGAAACAUGGUUCGAUCUUGUUCGUUCUCGUUCACGUGGAAAUACAAAUGCUGAUCAAGCACGAACACGUAGUGCUACUGGUGCAUCAACCGGUUCUGGAGAAUUUACUUCAACAUCACCUGCAAUUUCAUCACAAGAUCAAACAACAAUACUUGUUCCAACAAAUCCAAUAUCAUCAACAUUAUCAUUAAAUAUAUGUAUGAUGUGUAGUAAUAAUACAACAUAUCUUACACCACAUGAAAAUCCUCACAUAAAUAUGCAAGCAGAUUUUACCGAUGUUAAAUCACUAGCUAGUCGUCUUAUUGCUGCUAUUCAUACUGAAGAAGUAGAAAAAAAACUAUUAAGUUGGAAAGAAAGUCGUCCACAAAUAUUUGAUAAUAUUUGUUUAUAUUCUGAAGUAUGUUAUAUAUUAUCAUUGAGUAGUGUACGUAUAGCUGCUCAACGUUUUCUUCAUGAUUUAUUUUCUGAUUGUCAAUUUCAAAAACUUCGUAAACGUCGUCAUCAAAUUGAUAGUUUACCAGAAGAAGAAGAUGAUGAUGACAGUUUGGAUACAAGUGCAAGUUCAUAA